UGAAAAUUUUGUUUUAAUUCCAGCUAUUGUUAAUGUUACGAUCUUAUUCUGAGCCGAAUCGGUAAUGUUGAGAAUGAUACUAAAAUGAUAAGAGUCCUAGUGUCCUCGAAACAUGAAACAAAAAAAAUGUAUUGAAUAUUAAAUUAAAUGCAAAUAAUAAUAAUAUAAAAAUGAGUGGUGGAGUGGUACCUAGUAAAUCAACUGUUUAUAUUUCAAAUUUACCUUUUUCCUUAACGAAUAAUGAUAUACACCAACUUUUACAAAAUUAUGGAAAAAUUGUAAAAGUGACAGUAAUGAAAGAUAAAAUAACAAGAAGGAGUCGUGGAGUUGCAUUUGUAUUAUUUCUUACUCCAGAAGAUGCUAUUACUUGUGCUAAAAAUUUAAAUAACACAGAGAUAGGUGGUCGUACAGUAAGAAGUUCCAUAGCAGUAGAUAAUGGAAGAAGUACUGAAUUUAUACGUCGAAGAGAUUAUCCAGAUAAAUCUCAAUGUUAUGAAUGUGGAGAAGAAGGUCAUUUAUCAUAUAAUUGUAAAAACAAUACAUUAGGGCCAAGAAAUCCACCCUUAAAGAAGAUUCGAAUUAGAAAAAAACAUAAAAUUAAUAAUCAUAAUAUAAAUGAUUUUAAUAAAAAUAGUGAUGAAUCAGCAGAAGAUAAUUGGGAUGAAGAAGUAGAAACAUUAAGUGCUGCUAUUGCAUUAGAGCAAAGACAAAAAGAAUUAGAAAAUAAUCAAAGAUUAAGGAAUAAAGGCUAUGAAGAGGAAAAUCGAUCAGUUAAAAAAUCUGGUAAAAGAUAUAAAAAAAAUCAAUAUUUUAGUGAUGAAGAAGAUUUUAGUGAAUAAAUAAGUAAAUAGAAUAUGAAUAAGAAUAUAAAAAUAUUAAAAAAUUAUAAUAUAAUAAAAAUUUAAUCUAAGUUGUAUUUGUAAAGUAUUAUUUUGUACAUAAAUCUAUAAAUAAUUAUUUGUAUAUAUAUAAAUUGCAAUAAAUUUAUAGUAAAAUUUCCAAUUUU